AUGACAUCCCAGCAAGAACAACCUACCAAUAUGGCCUCCAAGCAAGAACAACCUGCGACACUGACAUCCCAGCAAGAACAGCCUGCCAACAUGGUGCCCCGGCAGGAACGACCUACCAACAUGACCCCCCAGCAAGAACAAUUUACCCCUGUGACCCUUCUGGAAGAACUUCGCGCCAAUUCAGUCCCCUGCACAAACACGGAAGACUUGAGCAAUGCACCUUUUGCGUUCGGCCGUCUUCCCCACGACCAGGAGAGGGAGGCAGCAGCGGCACCACCUCGUCGCGAGACAUCUCGGUUUUCUGGACUCCGCCAGCAAAACCCGUCAAUCAUCAACCAGGUGCUUCUUCCGCAGCCUGAUUUUUUUCUUGCUCCCUCAGACGACGAGGAGGUCUCCAGCGUUGUCCUGGAACAAGAAAACGGCCUUGGGCGUCUCCAGCUUGCCGACUUUGCCCUCGUCUCGUUACGGAUACACCUCCACAUAGUUUUCGAAUGUCCGCCUGCCUCCUUCUCCCACCACGACAUCCAUGAACCUCUCGAGCCAGCCAUCCAGGGCACCUACUCGGCAUAUCAUCAUAGCCCUCAUUUUUUUGUACCAGGCUCGGCACCACAGCAUGAGGAUAUCCCGAGCACCCACUCAGAGGUGGACUAUGUUACCCAAACGCCCUUUUUCAGUCCCUUUGUCCAUGGCGUUCAUGGGCCCGGUGUUCCUAUUUCGGCUGGAGAACUGGAGCUUAUUAAUGACUGGGCAGAAUACGACCCGCCCGGCUCAUACUGGCCUACAGAAAGAGAGAAGGCAAUGGCCGCACAGGAAGAAGCACGUGCAGAGGCAGACGAAGUCCUGGGGCUGGUCAGCGCAAUUCAUGAUUGCAUCAACUCAGAGCAUCUGAAUCUGUAG